UCUCGAGUGCGGAUCAUUUCGAGCCAAGAAGCUGUUAAACGCGAUUCAACCGAGAGAUCACGAGUUACAUUCGUGAUCAUCAUGCAUCGUUCGAUUUUUACGUAUUCCUUGCUUCUUACUCUCGUUUCGUCAACGUGUUCGAAAACCAUCGACAUCGAGGAAACGAGCAACUCUAUCACCGACAGAACUAUCUUCUCGAGUCCUCCCUCGAUCGAUCAGAUCAACGAUGAGUCGGAAAGUUUGGAGUAUGAUUCGAAACUCGAUACGAAAAGAAGCUUAGUAAUUUUUGUGCCGACGAGGGAAAAGGAGGAAGGAGAAAAUGAAGAAUGCAAAGGGCAAAAAACGAAACGAUGCAAGACAUUGUUUCACGGGGAAAGAGUUGGCGCACCGAUUCCCAGGGGAGCCCUUCGAACCACGUUGAAGAGCAUAGGAGACCCUUGUAAUAAUGAAAGACCUCGUGAAUAUUUCGUUGGUCGGAAGCCGAGCAUGCAUCUACUUUCUUUGAAAAAACCAAUGACCAUAGAGGAAGCGAAAAAUGCAACUUUUCGUGACGAGGCUCUGUUCGACUCCCUUCGAAAACAGUUGCUUCGUUACAAUUUCAACGUCGAAGCUACUCACAAAACGGAACCAAGGAUAAACGUGUAUGACGAUGAUAAUUUCGUUUGUUACUGCAGGGAAAAAAAUAAUCCUUCUUCCAGGAAAGACGCGAAUCGCGAUAUUAUCUCGAAAUUACGAGCAUUGGCGAGGAAGGGAAAUAAAUGGGGGGGGAAACCCGAACGGAAAGAUGCACUCGUCGGCAAGAAGCAAGAUCCCCGGACGAAAAUUCCAUCUAACAGAUUUCCUCAAACCUAUUACCUUCCUAACGAAAUGAACCCGGUCCAGAGUCCAACGUCCAACAGAUUUCCCCAUAUCUAUUAUCUCCCCAACAACGCGGAUCCGAUGAUUCCUAGAAAACAAGGAGCGAUACUUUAUGCACCGACCAUUCAACGCGUAGAUCCUCCACUUUUAGUGCCAAAGAACACGGUUGAGCAAGCAACUCUACCGAGAAAUGAUAUUCCAUUUGAUCCAAUUGGACUCGAUUCGGUGGUUGGUCAACGAGCGCCGAUCGAUCGACAACACGAUUUAAAUAAAAAUCGACAAACUGUUGAGCAGACGGAUGAUCCUUCGGGCAUGGCUGACAAUAGUCCGUCUCGAUCUCAAAAUAUAAUUCCUGCGAGCACGAACGAGGAUGGAACAUGGAAAAACGAUGAAGAGACGAAUGAUUCCAAUUACAAUUUGCAGUCUGUGCCGUCCGAAUCUUUUGAUAAAAAUUAUUUGCCACCGCCUGGAAUUGUUGGAUCUCCCUCCGUUGUCCCUGCGCACGGAUAUAUUAAUCCUAAUUCGAACGAUGGAUCAUCCACGGGUUUAGGAAACGAGUAUGGGAAUGAAUACGAAAUAACGGGGAGUGGAACGUUGGAUUAUUCCGAAGUCAAGGAGAUUACGGCCGCGUCCAGAGCUUAUUCCAACGAAUCAGAGAAUGAUGGAUCGACCGAUAAUUACGAUAAUUUACUUAUAAACACUGGUUCUAUGAAUGACGAUACAAAAUAUGACUAUAAUCUUAACUCUCGAUCAAAUAAUCCUGUGGAGAAGGCAUUAGGAUCUGAAAACGUAGAUAUGAUAGUGGAUGGACAUGAUUCAAAAUAUUCUGAUCGAGGAGAUGAAGAAGAGGAAGGUAUAGUAGGGGAAAAUAAUCCAGAUUGGAAUUCGAAUCAGGAUUCAGAGGAUCGAAUGGAAAAUCAACAGCGAAAAAAUUUGGAUUACGAGAUACCUUCCUCCGUGGGGGAAGAAAUAAUUCCUGAAAACACGAUGUCCCUGGACGAAGCUGGAACCGUAAAGCUCAAUGAUAAAGAGAAGAAACAGAGCGAAGGAAGAGAUCCGGACGACGUUCCUUCGCGAAACGAGAAUGACCCUUCUCCCUUCGAGUCAACGUUGAAAUCAGUGAAAACCGAUGGAUUUUCAAAGGGUCCGUCCGACGAAGCGUUACCAUUCUGCGACAACACGAUGCUGCAUAAAUCGAUAAAAACUGUAAUUAAUAACUUUGCCUCCGAUGACUCGUCUGAAAUGGAUGGCAACGAGGAAACGGUGGGUUCCGCGAAGGGGGAAGAUUUAGUACCGGAAAUUGUCCAAGUUCCAAACUUGAAGAGUAUUUUGUCCAUGCCGCCAAUAGAGCAUACCAUUCUGGAUGAAAUAAAGAAUCUGUUAUCGAAAAUGACUGGGAUGGAUAGAAAGAAAUUCGACAGCGAGUGGGCAACUAAUGUGAUUAGGAAUAAUUUACGGAACACGAUAUCUGCCGCGCCCAGUUCAAAAACAGAACUUCCUCCAUUGGCCGUGGAGGAGCAUCAAUUCAAGAAUGGCAAAUGGGUGACGAAUAUGAUUACAUUGGCUCCCUCGAACGAGAAAACCGACGAUGAUUCGACGGAUAUGAAAAGGUUGCAAGCCAGUGUUAAAAGUUUACUGCGUGAUCCGGUAAUUGGGUUGCAAGCAGGUAAGAAUCCCGCCGUUCAAAACAUAAUUGUUCAAAGCAUAAAGAAUACCUUGAAGCCAGAAGAUCCGGUCAAUGAUGUUUUUAACGAUUCGAUCAUACGAAGCUCUUUGAACGAUGAAUUGAAUAUGAUGGAAAUGGAAAACGAGGAAAUUUCGACCACGGAAAAUACGUUUGAAUCUACUGCUUUCAAUUUAUCGAAUAUCGAUAUGAAAAAAUUGUUGGAGAUUGCCAAAAAUGAAGCAGAUCCAAAUAAUGAUGAAAAGGAAAAUGAAUCUGCAUUAGAACCGUCUGCGUAUGAAAAGGAUAAAAAUAUAUCGGAUCGAAGAAACGAUGUUUCGUCGACUGUGAAAUCUUUGGAUAAUGGUAUAAUAGGAGCGAAAAGAAAUUUUAAAUCCACGGAAGACACUACGUUAGCUACCAAAGCUUAUUCGAACGAAGAGACAAUUCGGGAUAAUGUAGAAUUUUCAGAAUUACCAAUGACUGAAAUUUGGCCAGAUAAUGAUGCUUCCUCGGAAAUUGAAGACAAAUCUUCAACUAAAAGAAUUGAAGAUCACAAUGUGGGAUACAGUUCUCCAAGAAUGAAUCCAACAGAAAAUGUCGAUAUUGCGAAUAGAUACGAAGACGAGAGUAUAGAAAAAUCGAUGGAAAACGAAAAUUCGGAUACGAUUCCUGCACAAGAUUUUACUUAUUUGGGAAAAAUCACUGUGAAAAACGAAGGUAAUAAGGAUGAUGUUCAGAGUCUUGGAAAUUCUGAGCUGUUUUAUAUCGGUGAUGGUGUAAAAUUACCGUUGGAAAUAAAAAAAUUAAACGACGGUUCCUACGCCUUAUCGAUUUCCAGAAAGGUCUGCGAACAGUUAUUAAACAAGGAAUGUCCUUGUUGCGUACCCACAAAAGGUAACGUUGUUCGCGCCGUAAAAAGAAAUUCAAGCGCGAUAAAUACUGAUAGAACAAUUAAAGCGAAGGAAAGAAUAAAAAUUUCUAAACGCGAAUCGAUGAAAUCAAUUUUGUCAAACGAGAAAUAUGAUUUAAUUGACGACAGUUUGCAAAUUUUCUCGAUGCCUGUAGAAGCUUUCGCGAAGAGAUAUAAUUUAUCUCUAAACUUGGAGAAAGUGCAAACUCCGUGGAAUUUCGACGCGAAGGAAAAGAUUGAUGAGCAAUUGAGAGAUCGACUGAAAAAUUUUAAAAAUAAAGAAGAAAAGAACGCUGAUGCUGAUUUUCAUAAAUUACUUACUAUUAAAAUUUCAGAAAAUAAUAAACCGGAAACAACUAUUAUAAAAGAGGAGAGGAUAAACAAUCAUCCAGACGAGAAAAAUGAUGUAACAAGUUAUAAAUAUCAUAUAGAAAAUCGAAGAAAUCUUGAAAAGUAUCGACAUCAACGAAAUAUCGAAAAAAACACAAACAAGAGAAUGGAAAUAGCAACAAAAGUAUUGAACUGGUUAAGAGAUUUAAUUCUAACUACAAAUACAAGAUAG